UGAAUCUCACCUCAGAUUUAAUGGGAGUUUUUCAAACAAACUGGUCAUUGUUGGCAGGGCAGGAAAGGGGUCAGGACAGUGGCAGAAAAAUUCCUGAGGUCACAAAGGAGGUAGAGUACAGAAAGCCCAGCAUAGUUUGGGGGGCCUGAAUCAAGGAUGAGGAGGGGGUGAGCAGUAACACUGGCUGCUAACCAUCAAGGGCAGUUUGUAGCAAGUCCACUGAUAACCCAAAAUGGGCAGAGGUAGGUCAAAAUCUCCCAGACUAGCUGUGGUUCAUGAGAGCCUUUCAGUGUAGUCAGGUGGGGAGGUCAAAGUGCUGCUGCCCAGGAGCCAGUCUCCAUAACCUAAGAUCUUUACCCCAGGUGGGAUCACAGGGCUAGGAAAAGGGCAGUAAGAAAGGCUUUUGUUGGUGGCGCAGAGGGAGGGACUCCCUGCACUGUUUCCUAGGAGGGUCCUCUUAAAAUAGCCAGGUUUUGGCAUGGCUACAUCCUCAUAACCAUGUGUGGAGACUCCCCAAAGGCCAGCUGCAGGAACAAGGCUGGUCAUUACUCACUGCCUGGCUCAGUGCAGACAGGAUAUGCACUUGACAAGGUUGAGUCUAGGCUGGGUACACUCUAAGCCACAUAGCCUGGUUUCUCCUAACCAAACCAGGCACUGUGCCCUAGAUCCCGGCAGUGAAGGUCCCAGUUUGCACUAAGGGUGUCACCUCAAGUGCUCAGCAUCUGGUUUCUCAGGAGGUGAGCAAGCUACACAUUUGCUCUUGGGAAGCAAUAUUUGACAAACUAAACCUCGUUUCUCAGCAACCAUUAUAGCCCCCAGGGCCACAAGUGAAGGGGGACUUGUCUUCCUGCCUCCCCAGAAAAGAUUGGAAGAGACUGCUGCUCCCCGCCCAGCUACAACAGUCUCCCCGUUGGACAAUGCUUGCUCUGUCCUCAGCCAAGAUCCGCCUCAAGCUGGCUCUGCCCCUCCCCCCACACACUCUUCCUGGUUCCCAGUUUCCAGAUCUACCACCGAAGUUCUCCUGACCUGGUGGCGUAACAGGACAGCCCACAUGCCCAAGGACCUGAGUGUCCUCAGUCACAGGCAUGAGAUCACCCCCAGACCAUGGAAGAGGGAGUUCUACCUUCUGUACCAAGAUGGGCCUCUUUCUGCAUAGUCAAGCCCAGAAAAACAGAACCACACAGCUUCCGAGAGAAGGUUUUCCGGAAGAAAGCUCCAGUGUGUGCAGUGUGUAAGGUGACCAUCGAUGGGACCGGCGUCUCAUGCCGAGUCUGCAAGGUGGCCACACACAGAAAAUGUGAAGCAAAGGUGACUUCGUCCUGUCAGGCCUUGCCCCCUGCGGAGCUGAGGCGAAACACCGCCCCAGUAAGGCGCAUAGAGCACCUGGGCUCUACCAAGUCUCUGAACCACUCAAAGCAGCGCAGCACUCUGCCCAGGAGCUUCAGCCUUGACCCACUCAUGGAGCGUCGCUGGGACUUGGACCUCACCUAUGUGACGGAGCGCAUCUUGGCUGCAGCUUUCCCCGCGCGGCCAGACGAGCAGCGACACCGGGCCCACCUGCGCGAGCUGGCCCACGUGCUGCAAUCCAAGCACCGCGACAAGUACCUGCUCUUCAACCUUUCAGAGAAAAGGCAUGACCUUACCCGCCUGAAUCCUAAGGUGCAGGACUUCGGCUGGCCUGAGCUGCAUGCCCCACCUCUGGACAAGCUGUGUUCCAUCUGCAAAGCCAUGGAGACGUGGCUCAGUGCUGACCCUCAGCAUGUGGUUGUGCUAUACUGCAAGGGGAGCAAGGGGAAGCUCGGGGUCAUUGUCUCUGCCUAUAUGCAUUACAGCAAGAUCUCUGCAGGGGCAGACCAGGCACUGGCUACUCUCACCAUGAGAAAAUUCUGUGAGGACAAGGUGGCCACAGAACUGCAGCCUUCCCAGCGCCGGUAUGUUAGCUAUUUCAGCGGGCUGCUGUCUGGCUCCAUCAGAAUGAACAGCAGCCCUGUCUUCCUGCACUACGUGUUUGUGCCCAUGCUGCCAGCCUUUGAGCCCAACACAGGCUUCCAGCCCUUCCUCAAGAUCUACCAGUCUAUGCAGCUGGUCUACACAUCUGGAGUCUAUCACAUUGCAGGCCCUGGGCCCCAGCAGCUUUGCAUCAGCCUGGAGCCAGCCCUUCUCCUCAAAGGCGAUGUCAUGGUAACCUGCUAUCACAAGGGUGGCCAAGGGGCAGACCGGACCCUUGUGUUCCGAGUUCAGUUUCACACAUGUACCAUCCAUGGACCACGGCUCACCUUCCCCAAGGACCAACUGGAUGAAGCCUGGACUGAUGAGCGGUUCCCCUUCCAAGCCUCAGUGGAGUUUGUCUUCUCCUCCAGCCCUGAGAAGAUCAAAGGCAACACCCCACGGAAUGACCCAUCCAUCUCUGUGGACUAUAAUACCACAGAGCCUGCUGUACGCUGGGACUCGUAUGAGAAUUUCAACCAGCACCAUGAAGACAGUAUGGAUGGCUCCUUGGCCCACACACGUGGCCCCCUGGAUGGCAGUCCUUAUGCUCAGGUGCAGAGAGCCCCCCGCCAGACCCUGCCAGCGCCCUCUCCAGAGCCACACCCACCACCCAUGCUCUCUGUCAGCAGUGAUUCUGGCCAUUCAUCCACGCUGACCCCAGAACCCACUGCAGAGUCCCCUGGCCGGCCACCCCCAACAGCUGCUGAACGGCAGGAGCUGGACCGUCUCCUGGGAGGCUGUGGGGUGGCCAGCGGAGGCCGGGGAGCUGGACGAGAGACAGCCAUCCUAGAUGAUGAAGAGCAGCCCCCUGUGGGUGGAGGCCUGCACCUUGGGAUGUAUUCAAGCCACAGGCCUGGCCUCAGUCGCCACUGCUCAUGCCGCCAGGGCUACCGAGAGCCUUGUGGGGUCCCCAAUGGGGGCUACUACCGGCCUGAGGGAACCCUGGAGAGACGGCGACUACCCUAUGGGGGCUAUGAGGGCCCAUCCCAAGGCUACAUAGAAGCCUCUAUGGAGAAGAGACGCCUCUGCAGAUCUCUGUCAGAAGGGCCAUACCCCUAUGCACCUGAGCUGGGAAAACCAGGCAAUGGGGACUUUGGCUACCACUCAGCAGGCUACCGGGAAGUGGUGAUUCUGGAGGACCCUGGAGUACCUGCCUUAUGCUCAUGUCCAGCCUGUGAGGAGAAGCUGGUACUGCCCACAGCAGCCCUGUAUGGACUGCGACUGGAGAGGGAAGCUGGAGAAGGGUGGGCCAGUGAGGCAGGCAAGCCUCUCCUGCACCAAGUGCGGCCUGGACACCCACUGCCUCUGCUGGUGCCUACCUGUGGGCAUCACCAUGCCCCAAUGCCUGACUACAGCUGCCUGAAACCAUCCAAGGUGGGCGAGGAAGGGCACGAGGGCUGCUCCUAUGCCGUGUGCUCUGAAGGCAGGUAUGGGCACCCAGGGUACCCUGCCUUGGUGACCUAUGGCUAUGGAGGAGCAGUUCCCAGCUACUGCCCAGCAUAUGGCCGGGCACCUCACAGCUGUGGAUCACCAAAUGAGGGCAGAGGGUAUCCCAGCCCUGCUGCUCUCUCACCACGGGCUGGCUCCAUCUCCCCGGGCAGUCCACCCUACCUGCAGUCCAGGAAACUGAGUUAUGAGAUUCCUGCAAAAGAUGCAAGGGACAAGUACCCACCACCUGGGCACUUGGCUUCAGCAGGACCUUUGGCAUCUACAGAGUCACCUGAGCCAGUUUCUUGGAGGGAGGGCCCCAGUGGACACAGCACUCUGCCUCAGUCUCCUCAAGAUGCCCAGUGCAGUGCCUCUUCAGAGCUGUCUGGUCCUUCUACGCCCCUGCACACCAGUAGCCCAGUCCAGGGCAAGGAGAGCACCCGACAGCAGGACACAAGGUCCCCCUCCUUGGCACCCACUCAGAGACUGAGUCCUGGCGAGGCCUUGCCCCCUGUUGUCCAAGGAAGAACUGGAAAGGCUUCUGAGCUGCUGGCCAUCAGGCCUGAGCCCGCAGGCCCUAACCCCCUCUCCCCAACCUCCCCACCCAGGUCACCCAAUGGCUGGCCUCAGGAAAGGAGCCCAGGGGGCCACUCUGACAGGGCCAGUCCUCGGGGCCCUGUGCCAACCACCCUGCCUGGACUCCACCAUGCCCCUUGGCAGGGCCCUAGGGGCUCCCCAGACAGCCCAGAUGGGUCUCCCCUCACUCCUGUGCCUACCCAGAUGCCCUGGCUUGUAGCCAGCCCACAGCCACCCCAGAGCUCACCUACACCUGCCUUCCCCCUGGCUGCCUCCUAUGAUACCAAUGGUCCCAUUCAGCCUCCACUUCCUGAAAAACGCCACCUGCCAGGGCCUGGGCAACAGCCAGGACCAUGGGGCCUAGAGCAGUCAUCACCACCAGCUAGAAGCACCAGCCACCAUGUCACCUUUGCCUCUCCUCUCCCAGAUAUCACCCAAUCCCCAGAGCCCCCUUCACAAGAGAGCCAAAGCAACGUCAAGUUUGUCCAGGACACAUCCAAGUUCUGGUACAAACCACACCUGUCCCGUGACCAAGCCAUUGCCCUGCUGAAAGACAAGGACCCUGGAGCCUUCUUGAUCAGGGACAGCCAUUCAUUCCAAGGAGCGUAUGGGCUAGCUCUGAAGGUGGCUACACCCCCACCCAGUGCCCAACCCUGGAAAGGUAGAAUGCUCAAGGCUGAGGGAGCAGGAGACCCCUCAGAACAGCUGGUCCGCCAUUUCCUCAUUGAGACAGGGCCCAAGGGGGUGAAAAUCAAGGGUUGCCCCAGCGAGCCCUACUUCGGCAGCCUGUCUGCCCUUGUCUCUCAACACUCCAUCUCUCCCAUCUCCCUGCCCUGCUGCCUGUGCAUUCCCAGUAAAGAUCCUCUGGAAGAAGCCCCAGAGGUCCCAGUACCCACCAAUAUGAGCACAGCGGCAGACCUCCUUCGUCAGGGAGCAGCCUGCAGUGUGCUCUACCUGUCCUCAGUGGAGACAGAGUCACUGACUGGCCCUCAAGCUGUGGCCAAGGCCAGCUCUGCAGCUCUGAGCUGCAGCCCCCGUCCAACACCAGCAGUUGUCCACUUCAAGGUCUCAGCCCAAGGCAUCACACUGACAGACAACCAGAGGAAGCUCUUCUUUCGCCGCCAUUACCCAGUGAGCAGCAUCACCUUCUCUAGCACUGACCCUGAGGACCGAAGAUGGACCAACCCAGAUGGGACCACCUCCAAAAUCUUUGGUUUUGUGGCUAAGAAGCCAGGAAGCCCCUGGGAAAAUGUGUGUCACCUGUUUGCGGAGCUUGACCCAGAUCAACCAGCAGGUGCUAUUGUCACCUUCAUCACCAAAGUUCUACUGGGCCAGAGAAAAUGAAAGAAGGCCACAAGCUCUGAGCCCACAUCAGCACUGCAUCCUCCCAGCACUCCACAGCCCUCACUGCCCUGGCCUGGACCCAGAGACCCCAGGAGCCAGUGCGCACCCCUAAGAAAGUGGGAGUGCCAUCAGCCUGGGCCACUGCUCUUCCCACCCUCGCCUGCUAAGCUAAGUGGAUGGGCCUAUGAGAUGACCUUGCAUGUGAGCAGAUGGCAGAGAUGGGUGUGAGGGAUAAGAAGGCAUCAGCAAUGGAGCCCUGGCGGGCAACUGGACAGUUCUACCUGCAGAACAUCUGUCCUGGAGGACAACAGCCCUGCCAGCUCCACCCAGCUGCAGGUCCCAGAUGGAGGAAGGGGGGAGAGGUGUGAGGUGUGGAAGCAAGUCACCUCCUCUUCUCUUUCCCCUCUGAGCAGAGAUUAGAGUGGGGUCACAUGAACAGAGUAAAAAGAGAGUCUAUUUUUGUGUAAUAAAGAAUUUCUAUAAACUUUU